CGCCGCCAUGUUUCGAGCAGCAGUAACCGGCAGUGUCGUUGCAGCCGCUGCCGCUGUGUCUUCCUGCUGCAGCCGUGCGCUCGGCUGUGGUGCUGAUGGUGUGGUCCUGUCUCGCCUGAAGUGUGUGUCUGUCACCGAGUCCCCGGGACACAGGCCUCGGGAGCGGAUUAACAAGAAGUCUCAUACCAGAUUGAAACCUCAGAAACAAAUUUGCAAACCUGUUUUGGAACAUUUUGAUGAAAAAUAUGGACAAGAACUUGGAGAAUUAUGGGACAAAGUCAGAGAAGUGCUGCUGCUUCCUUCCAACUGGCAGUAUGCUGUGCUUGUGAACAAGUUCAGUCAGUGUGUGACAUUUGAAGAGUAUCUUCAGUCUCAGGGAUACUACAAUUUCCUAUCAGAUGUUUCACCUUUUACCCAGCAUUCUUUAAGAUGUUACAUCAGCAAUGUCCAGUGUCGAUUUCCUAGACUCCAACAUCAGACUGAAAGGCUGAAGGAGUACUACCUCUUAAAUGCAGCUUCCUUAGUUCCUGUCCUUGCGUUGGAUGUCCAGGAUGGAGAGCGAGUGCUGGAUUUGUGUGCUGCUCCUGGAGGGAAAUCCUUGGCAAUACUGCAAUAUGCCACACCAGGUUUCUUUCUCUGCAAUGAAUAUAACGCUUUGCGACACCAAUGGCUAAAGCAAACACUUGGCUCUUUUGUACCUAAUGACUUAAGAAGCAUGAUUUCUGUGACUGACUUGGAUGGCAGACAGAUCGGUCCACAGUAUUCUCAAAUGUACAACAAGGUGCUUGUGGAUGCGCCAUGUUCAAAUGAUCGAAGUUGGCUUUUCUCCUCUGAUGUCCUUCAGGCUUGCAUGAGGAUUACAGAGAGGCCUAAUCUACCAGUUUUGCAAGGGCAGUUACUCAGGUCAGCUCUUGAGGCAUUGCGUCCUGGAGGGACAGUGGUUUAUUCUACAUGCACACUGUCUCAAGCAGAAAAUGAUGAUGUUGUGGCCUCUGUCUUGAAUUCUUAUGACAACGUUCAGGCUGUGGAUUUAACAGGCUUGGCAAGUUCCCUCGCUCAUAACUUCACGUUUGCUGAAGGUGUACAGUAUGGACUGUUAAUUGUGCCAGAAAAAGGAAGAGUCUGGGGGCCAAUGUAUGUCAGCAAAUUGCACAAGUUACACUGAUUUGCAAUAAAGGACUCGAGAACUUCCCUCUAAGCACAAGAUGAGAGCUGAACAUAGAUACCGCAAAGAAGAAAACUCUCCAAUUGUAAUGAUUCUCAGAGGAGUAGUUGUAUUAUAUACUGAAACAAUUUACAUCAUCUGUCUGACUUUUUCCAUUGAAGAGCUCCAACUGAAGGUUAAUGUAAAUAUGGCAUAACCUGAAAGGAGAGCACCAUUUGGAAAGAGACUCUGAAUACAAAGGCCAAAAUGUCGCUAUACAUUUAAGUGGAUUUUUGUUAAAUAUUGCUGCUAAUUAAAUAAAUAUUAUCUGAUAAUUAAAUGAAGAUGCAUAUUGCAUUAUCUUUAUUUAUAUUGUUCUUCAGCUUGUGCCAAAUAAACCACUAAGUAGAUGGGCAAUCAGAGUUUUUUUAAAAAUCUUGUUUUUCUCCCUACCAACAAUAUACUUAUUUAACUCCCUGUAAUGGAUGAAACCCUCACAAGUAUUAUUUCCCAGAACCAACAGAGGGACUGGAGAGAACCAAGAUCCUUAAAGUUGGUUUUGAUGGUGUGCAUCCCUCCUUCCACACCAUAGCAUUGAUUCUUUGAUAUAUUUCUGAUCAAUCAACAACAGGGAGGCAUUGUUUUCCCAGUUUCAAAAAUAAGCCAAUCCUUCUUUGCAUAUUAGUAGGAAAAGAUAAAUUUCUGGAGAAGGUAAAUGACUCUGAAACUUUGUACAAACAAAAAUGUCUCUACGUUCUGAAACAGCAAGCUUCUAAUCAUUGCUUGCAUGUGAAGAUCUGUAUUAACACCUUUUACCUCUUGCAGCUAGACAGAAUUAAACUAUAAUAUUAUUUUGGAUAUAUUAGCCCUAUUUUGUUUGAGUCCAGUAUCUAUUAGUAUGAUUAGGGGCCAUUGAUGAAAAACUGCUAUUGACUUGCCAGCCUUACUGUAUCAUCACGACAACAGGUGCAAAAAAUGGAAAUGACACCAAUGUAUAUACAAAAUUGUUGGACAGAAAAUGAAUUGACCCAUCUAGCAUGUCUGAUGCUGAUGUAAUGCCUAUGCAUUCCACUUCAGAUGCUCCUGAUUCAGCCAGAGCGAUAUAAUCUGAGAAUGGUGCUGAGGUUUAAACUGGUAGAGAGCAGAACAAAUGUUGUUUCUGAGUUUGGUGUCCCUGAAUAUGGAGCACUUGAUACUGACACCAUGUGCUAUUCCCCCACUGAAUGUAAGCAAAACCACUUUCACUGGUUUUGUAAUUUUGAAAAAUUAAGGGCAUCUCUUUGAGCUGAAAAUGACCUUUUAUACAUUUCAAGUAUUUAAGCUAGGUGCUGUGCACUAACUUGUAAAUAAUACAGUCCACUGUCAUCAAGCUGUAGCAAUUGCAAAUGAGCAAGAAACAACAGUACACCACCUGGCCCUUUGAACCUGUCAUUCAUGAAGGUGAUCUGAUAUUAACCUCAACUCCACAUUUCCUCAUAACUCUGAUGAUCUUUUCCAUCUAUUCAGCAGCCAUUCCUUUGCAAUUGCAAUAUUAUCCAUUUCCUCGCAUAUAACGGUUUCUGUGUCCAUUUGUUUUCUUUCCUCCCUCAAUCUCUCCUCCUCCCUUUCAUCUCCAAUGUCCCCCCCCCCAGCUUAAUUUUUACCAUCUCCACCUCAACCGAAUGUACCUCUUUAAUUCCCCUUGAGGAAAACAUUGCCAAUCUGAACAUAGAUAUGUCAUAGGAGGAAAUAUUUAGUGGUGGGGAGAGGACUAGGAAUGCAGAUGGAAAUAACAGUUGGAAGUUAUAGUGCAAUGGCAUUUAAAAUUAAUUGGAAAUAUUGAUUCAGUAGUACAACUCAUGAUAGGCACUGGCCAUUCCAAUUUGAGGUAAUGGCAUUUAAUUGAUUGGUGAUUGGUCUCUGAACAUCUGGUUGGUUAUCAGUCCCAUUGAUGAAAUACAAUAAAUGACAAUUGCAAAGUGUUUACAAUAAGUAAAGCUUUAGUUGCUAUUAUAUGGUUGCAGCAACAGAAUGAAUUAUGGCUUUUCUAUGAUAAACAUUUUUCAGAACACUGCUGUCUUUAGUAAUCAUACAAGGAAAAGCCAGACUGGAAGCAGCGGUGCUUGCCCUAUCAACCUCACGACACAUCUUGACAAUGUAGCCCCAGUCUUGAAGUUUGAAGACUGCUUUGCAGUGAUCUUAGUGACAUUUCCAUUUUCAUGCUUUUGAGAGCUGACAUUGCAGAACUAGGGUUGUUUGUGCUGUGAAGUUUUAUUCACAGAGGACUAAUUGGAAGCUGCCACUGUUGAUUCCAUUUCAACUUCUAGCAGUUGCUGAAAAGAGGUGAUAUUUCUGUUUAUUCUCACUGGCUGUUUGACUCCAGGUGACCAGAGGUGAGGGCUCUGCAGUAUACUUGCAAUAAAUUGUGGUGUUAUGAUCAGGAGUGUCACAAUCUGUAAAUGACAAAAUGCUGUCAUUGUUAUUCUUUCAUUGUUAAUAUAUUACUUUAACAAUUUACAUAACUAUUUAUUUUCCUGAAAUGUACUUAGAAAGGUGCUUUGAGACAAAUACAUUGUUUAUAUUGUCUAGAAUCAGGAUCAUUUAGAAAGGAAUACCCUUGAAAGGAAGAAAAGUAUUUUCUAUGAAUUUGCUAAAAAUAUAUUUUAACAAUUUUAAAUAUUCUAUCCUGCUUUUAUUGCAACCUCAAUCAGCUUGUUUGUUUUUAGUGCACUACUUUUCAGCUCUCAACUACAGCUGUGAAGCUAUCUUUUCAAAUGUAAGUUGAUCUCUUUUAAAUCAAAUAAACAAAUACAUGAAUCGUUUUUCAUUUCAUGUAUC